AUGGUGACCUUGACAAGAGAGCUUCAGCAGGGUGGCCGGGACUUAGGCCUGAUAGAGGCAAGCGGUAGCAGCGGCGGGGCAGCGGCAGUGGCAGUGAAUCUGAAUGCGGGGGUGGUGGAUGUACUACUGCUGGAGAUUUCAAGAAUUUUGAAUACCGGCUUAGAUGAGGAGACCCUGUCCAUUUGUGUAUGGCUUUGUGAACAGGGAAUUACCAGAGCUUUAUCAUCAGUUAUAAGGGAACUUCUCAAGGCUACCGAAGCACUAAAGGCUGCUGAAAAUAUAAGCUGA